AGUCGCACCUGGGGCUCGCGAGGCCCCGUCGGCCGUGCCGCCCUACCCUCCCUCUCCCCCUCCCCCCUCCCGUGUCCACGGCCGUGCGGCCGCGAAUGUGGGGGGCUGGCGCGCCGGCCUGGCACUCGCGGGGGCCCAUCUCCCUGUGCGGCCACUACGGGCAGCGAUGGGACUCAGCGCAGGCGUGGGCCGCGGCCUCGCCACCCCAUGGAGAGCAGCAGCAGCAGCAGUUGCCGCGGCGCCGGCGCGGCGGACGCGGGCGACCGCCUCGCGGCGGUGAUGGCGCCCCGCGGGGCGCCGAGGCGCUGGCCGACUCGGGGCAGGACCGAUCAAGAGGCCGAGCCGCCCUCCGGGAGGAGGAAGCGGCGCAAGCGCGGCAAGAGGAAGAAUCGGAAGCCCAGGCUAAGAGUGGUGCCCAUGCUGCACGACGAGGCCUCCUUGGAGGAGCAGCCCCUCCUCAGCGGGGGGGGCGCGGGGCCUCUGGCACUCUCGCGCGCGCAGUUCGGCUGGGAGCCGGUGCUGCACGACGAGGUGCGCCGGAGCUUCGUGUCCAUUCGCAGGGGCGCCUUCCCAGAGCAGGUUCUCGCGGGCUGGUGGGCGCAGUGCCAAGCGGGCAUCGAAUGGGUCCAAGCCAGCAGGCAGUGUCCUGGCGGUGUAGAGCGGCCUCUUCCCAGGCGCGCUGCUUGGCUCACGACAAGCGGCUGCAGAUGCAGCUACGAGUACUCGGGUACCGCCUGGGAGCCGAUCGAGAUGGAGGGCUGGUUCCUGGAGAUCUCCGAGGCAGUCUUCCGCGAGUGCGGGGUUGUUGAGCGGCCAAACUCUUGCAACGCGAAUAUGUAUGACAGCGGUCUUCAGGUGGUCGGCUGGCACUGCGACGACGAGCCCCUGUUCAACGCCACAGGGCAAGACGCCCUGAUCAUAUCUUUAUCUGGCCCCGCGAUCGUUCGAGCUGUGCGCGAACGACGACGUCGAGAGGAAGGAGCACGUCUUGCUGCAGAACGGCGACAUCUGCACGAUGGAAGGCCUGACGCGCCGCAGCGGCCGAGGCGCCACAUUGGCGUCGACUUCGACGACGGCGGAGGGUCGCCGUAUACGGGCCUAUGGCGUUCUACCCUUGGGGCUCACCAGAGGGCGCGGCGUUCCUCGCGCACCACCACUGCCGGGCGGUGGCUCCCGACGUCCUCCGGGCGCCGACGGCCGUGCAGGACCGGGCCCGCGGGGCCAUCCACGAGGUGCCCUCCAAGGCCGGGAGGAGCGCCGCGGGCGGAGCGCAGCGGGUUCCGGCGGCGCCACGCCUGGGCGCACGAGCCCCGCUUUUGGGGCGCCGGAGCUGCGGCGGUCGACGGCGCUCGCCAGUCUGCGCAGCCCGUGGCUCGUGUCCGACGAGAGCACGUGUUCAACCGGAGGGCUUCGGGGUCAAGAUGCGCUUCUCCCAUCGCGAGUGGCUGC